CGGACGAGACAGGAACAUCUAGUAGUACAGGAGGAGGCGCCAUUACUUCAACUCUGGGUAGCACUACAGGGGGCACAAGCUCAGCUGCGGCAACUACAGCUUAUGGUUGAAGUUUCAAGUUCGUUCGUUUAUAGUAUGCUCACCGUGUGAUUCUUCAUCUUCACUCUAGUUGUAACAUCACAAGGGUAAAUUCAUUUUUUGAAAAAGAUUAACAUGUUUCUUUAUUUGAGAACGAAGGAACACGUGUUAUAAAUCUUCCUCAAGAACGUGUUCUCCUCCUCCAACUCUAUCAACAUACAGAUCCAGCUGCGGUCAUCAUAGGCACUCAGGCUCCGGCGACGCUUCCACCAGCCGAUGCUAAUCCAGACGAAGAUGAAGACAACUUGCAUAUGCACGCACAGUUUAUGGAGAAAGUAAGUACCUUUAGUACUAUAGUAAGCGAGUGGUCAGUUGUACUACCUUGCGUAUUAUUAUGCGAGUUACUAGAGGUAGAGUCAGCGCGACUAUCUAGAUAUUACCUCAAAAUGUUCAACAUCGAAUCUAAUCCGUCUACUUCUUCCUCAGGCUUAUUAUUAUGCGAGUGGUCAUCGUGUGUCAUCUGGUGA